UUUCCAUAGACAUGUCCAGUGUGGUAGUAAGCAAGUCGCUCACGGAUAUACCGGACUCCAAGGUGGAACUACCCAUAAGACAAGAAAGUAAACCAAGUACCAAAACUCAUUUAAUCAGUGGAGGAAUAGCAGGAUUAAUAAGUGCAACUACUUUACAACCAUUUGAUUUAUUGAAAACAAGAUUACAACAACAACAACAACAAGAAAUCGGAUAUAGAACUACUAUAAGUAAAGAGUUGAAAAAACUAACCCAAGUGAAAGACUUAUGGAGAGGUGCAUUACCAUCAACGCUAAGAACAUCCAUUGGAGCAGGACUUUAUUUCACAAUCUUAUCGCAAUCAAGAAGCUAUUUGUCAAGUAUUAAAGGAAAUCAUGAUACAAGAAGCUCAACUAGUGCAUUACCGAAAUUAAGCCCCAUUGAAAACUUGGCUACCGGGUUUGUCGUACGAGCAAUCGUGGGGUUUAUCACCAUGCCAAUUACCAUCAUUAAAACAAGAUACGAAUCAAAUAUCUAUAAUUAUAACUCCAUGUAUGAAGGCUUUGAAAAUAUCUAUCAUGGGAAUUCGCUAACUGAUCCGGAAAACUCAAGUAAAGGCUCAAUCAAAAACUUCUUCAAAGGCUCUUUUGCUACUUUGGCCAGAGAUUGUCCUUACGCCGGUUUAUACGUUUUAUUCUAUGAAAGUUUCAAAAAUGAUUUGCUUCCCACCUUCACUGAAAAAAUCGAUGAUUUGAAUCGUCCAACCGUUAUCAAUACCAUUUCGGCCAUUUUGGCUGCUUCGGUCUCAACCACUUUGACUGCCCCCUUUGAUGCAAUUAAAACCCGAUUGCAACUCACCCUGUCUUCCAAUAAGUCUUUCUUGUCUACAACUAAGGUCUUAUUGAACGAGGACGGUGGCUUUAGAAACUUAUUUAGAGGUUUGAGCUUAAGAUUAAGCAGAAAAGGUAUGAGUGCCGGUAUUAGUUGGUGUAUCUACGAGGAACUCAUCAAGGGUAAUUUUUUCAAUUCAAACAAACUCCUGUAAAU